AGAAAUGGACAGUUUUGCUGUGCGAGAGUUUGGGUGAAUAAAAAAGUUGAAUGUUUUUUUUCCUUUCAUGUUCAUCUCAUUUUUUUAGGCAAAAGUGACGCUGAAAGAUGUGGAUAAUGCCUAUUAUGAAGUACUGAAGUGGUUAGAACAGACAGAUUCAAAGGUUCUCAUAUUAGCAGCGAAACAAGCGGUAGCGCAUGCUCACUACGCUCGAGCACUGAAGUAUCUCAGAAAAGCUACCGAGGAGAAGAGUUACGCAAACAACAUGAUUCUCGAAGCGGCUAUUACUGAGCUUGUGGACCAUCUUGGUUGGACGCAUAUUUCGACCAAUUUGCGGAAUCAGAUGAUCAUCAAAUUCCGCUACGACUACCGACCUUUCUAA